AUGAAGGAUGAAGAUUUUUAUUCGAGCUUCUUCAACUCCUCAUUUCUCAUCACUUGCAACAAAAAACUCCCCGCACCCAUCCCAUACUUGAAGGAUAGUUUUGGUCAAAAAGUGCGUGUGUUAGACAUCUCACUUGACGGCAAACUCAACAUUUCGUUGCCAGUAGCCACACGUUGCACCAAACAUACCAACAACGAAUCAGUGAAUGGAAGGAGUUUGUAUGAGUUCGACCUCGCACCCUUUCACCUAUCACCCAAGCAAAACAAGUUAACUGUGGUGGGUGCUGACGCCGCUGGUAUAAUAUAUGAAAAUAUUACAAGUGACAUGUUAAAUGCUACCGCUGCAUGUGUGUCGCUCUCUUUCUAUGUUGAUGGGGAGCUAGCAUCUAACGAGUCAUGCACUGGCACUCACUGUUGCGACACUCCGAUACAACAAAGCCUAUCGAGUUUCCUCUAUUAUUCUACUGUAAAUAUCUUCAAUAGCAACUACAGCAAUCCACAGAUUAACAAUUACUCAUGCGGUUAUGCAUUUCUGGUUAAGGAUGGAGCCUACCAGUUCACCACCACCAAAGGCCUUGACAAAAACACAUUUCCUGUAGUUCUGGAUUGGGCAGUGGGGAACCAGACAGACACGUGGCAAGAUCACAGUGCGUGCAAGUCAGAACAUAGUCAAGGUCACCCUGCAGAGGCAGGACCCGGUUAUAAUUGUAAUUGCUCUGCUGGUUGGAGGGGGAACCCUUACCUCCUUCAUGGUUGCACAGACAUUGACGAAUGCAAGGAAUCAUCCCACGAAUGUUUUGAGGGGGCUAGAUGCGAAAACUUUCCUCCUGGGAACUACACCUGUCACUGUCCAGAUGGACAUAAAGGAGAUGGCAGAAAAAGUGGAACAAAAUGCACUCGCAAAGGCAAAGACAAUAUAAUCAUAAUUGCUUUGAGUGUGAGUGUGAGCAUCUUAACAUUUAUCGGGGGAACCUUUUAUGUGUAUUGGACAUCAAAGAAAAGAAAGCUCAUGAAACUUAAAGAACAUUUUUUUCAGCAAAAUGGUGGCCUAUUCUUGCAACAAGAAGUAGCUAGGUAUAGUGGGUCAAAUGAGAUGACUAAAAUCUUUACCAUGGAGGAACUAAAGGAGGCCACCAACAAUUUUGAUGAAGGCACAAUCCUAGGCCAAGGUGGCCAAGGAACAGUUUACAAAGGGAUAUUACCUGACAACAGAAUUGCAAUAAAAAUGUCCAAAAUUAGCAAUACAAACCAAAUUGAGCAUUUCAUCAAUGAGGUGAUCUUGCUUUCUCGAAUCAACCAUAGGAAUGUGGUGAAGCUCUUGGGAUGUUGUUUAGAGACUGAAGUUCCCUUGCUCGUUUAUGAAUUCAUCCCCAACAGUACUGUUUAUGAGCAUCUUCACGAUCAAAGCCAAUCUUUAAGACUUACAUGGAAAACACGAUUGCAAAUAGCAACAGGAAGUGCUGGGGCCCUAGCAUACUUGCAUUCUGCUACCACUACACCAAUCAUACAUAGAGAUGUGAAAACUACAAACAUUUUACUUGAUCACAAUCUCACUGCAAAAGUUGCUGAUUUUGGAGCUUCAAGGAUUAUUCCUCUAGAUCAAACUCAACUUACCACAUUGGUGCAGGGAACACUGGGUUAUCUUGACCCAGAAUACUUCCAUACAAGUCAAUUAACAGAGAAAAGUGAUGUAUAUAGUUUCGGAGUAGUUCUAGUUGAACUACUAACAGGUAAGAAAGCACUAUCUUUUGAUAGGCCAGAGACUCAUAGAAACCUUGCGAUGCACUUCCAUUCUUCAAUCAAUGAGGGUGGAUUGCUAAACAUUAUUGAUAGCCAAAUAAUAGAUGAGGCAAAUGUUGAGCAACUAAUGGAUGUUGCCAAUAUUGCAAAACAUUGUUUAAGGUUGAAAGGGGAGGAAAGGCCCACCAUGAAAGAAGUUGCGACAGAACUUGAGGCAAUAAGCAUUGUGGAAAAGCACCGAUGGGAAAAAGUCAACUUGUCUUUGGAGGAGACCGAAAAUCUUCUCAAAGCAACACCAUCAUAUUCUUUCAGUGUGGUUGAUGGUGCUGACAAAAGAAGUUUGCAAUCUGGAUCUGAUAGUUUAAGUCGGAUUUCCUUAUCCUUAAAUGGGAGAUGAUUUGUUGAUAUUAAUGAAUUGUAAUGUUAUCAUAAUUCACAAGUUUGUUGUUAUUUAAGACUAGAUGCUAAUUAUAAUGAUUAUGUAGUGUGUUUUAUAUUCCCCUGUUGCAUUGUACCAUAAUAUGACAUUGUAAUUGUGAUGAAAUUUUGUGUGCUAUGAGAGGUACCUUUUA